AUCAGCGGCUGCAACCUUUCUCCUUGCAUGUCUUUUAUGUGCUGAUAUGGUAUAGAAAGGGCAAGAGACUAUGGUUUCUCCUUUGCAAGAAGACUAGUAGAAACACUCAGAAGAAUUACGAGGCCAUGAUAGAAUCAUAUGGAUCCCUAGCUCCAAAAAGAUACAUGUACUCAGAGGUAAUGAAGAUAACAUCUUCUCACAGCGAUCUUCUUGGAAAAGGAGGUUAUGGUGUCGUUUUAAAAGGAAGACUACAUGAUGGUCGUCUAGUUGCUAUGAAAUUCUUGCAUGAUUGCAAAGGAAACGGGGAUGAGUUUGUGAAUGAAGUUAUGAGCAUUGGAAGGACAUCACAUGUUAAUAUUGUUAGUUUAUUUGGGUUUUGUUUGGAGGGAUCAAAACGUGCUCUUAUAUAUGAGUACAUGUCCAACAGUUCCUUGGAUAAGUACAUUUACUCAGAGAGCCCCAAAGCAAUUUUAGGAUGGGAGAGGCUCUAUGCGAUAGCAAUUGGGAUUGAUCGUGGCCUCGAAUACUUGCACCAUAGCUGUAAUACACGUAUCGUCCAUUUUGAUAUCAAGCCCCAAAAUAUCCUGUUAGACAAAGAUUUUAUCCUAAAGAUUGCUGAUUUUGGUCUAGCUAAAUUGUGCCAUACAAAGGAGAGCAAGCUUUCAAUGACUGGAGCUAGAGGAACAAUUGGAUUUAUCGCCCCAGAAGUUCACUAUCCAACCUUCGGGGUGGUUUCAACAAAGUCGGAUGUCUAUAGUUACGUAAUGAUGUUGCUGGAGAUGGUUGGAGGUAGGAGAAACGUAAAAUCAAUUGUAGCAAAAUCCAGCGAAAAGUAUUUUCCAGAUUGGAUUUAUGACCACUUUGCAGAAGAUGAUGGAUUACAAGCAUGUGAAGUCACAAUAGAAAUUGAGGAGAUUGCAAGAAAGAUGAUCAUAAUUGGCUUGUGGUGCAUACAAGUGUUACCUAUGUAUCGUCCUACUAUAACCCAAGUUCUAGAAAUGUUUGAGAGAAACUUAGAUGAUCUGGACAUGCCACCAAAGCAGAACUUCUGUGAACUACUUGAAAGUUCAGCUCAGAAUAUGGAUGUACAAAGUUCAAGUUCUACCAUACCUGAGGAGAUCAGCCUUGUGAAUUCAAAAAUACUACAACAAUCGCGACCUCUUUGAGCAGAUAGGCCAUGUGAAUCGAAGAACCUACAUUCACUUCCAUCACUGUGAGAAGGUGGCCUGUACUAGAGUAUAUUCAGAAAUGGAACAAGCGCAGCGAAAUUCGGCAUUGUAGCAGAAAAUAUUCCAUGUAUGCAUUACCUUGAACCAAGAGCAUCUGCAUGCCAGUGUCCUAUGUUAUGCAUCACAGAAAGAAUAAAAUUUAUUCUGAUGAGUUUUGUGUUCCAACUGCUAAAAGGCAUGGGAGGCAGACAUCCACCAAGGCCUUCUUGACUGUAACUACAGUGGUAGAGCCCCAAAAUUUCAGAAUCCGGAUGCAUACAGUGUAUAUAACAAUUGUGAAAUUAUAUGCCAAUUCAUAGCAAGCUGAUUGAUCGUGAAA